AGAACCAGGGGAGGUGGCUGCACCGGGACAUCUGCUUCCUACAGUUUGCCGGGACCAAGGAUGGGGCCGACUCCCCAAGAUCCAGACGUGGGCCAGCAGGAAGCCAGAGCCAGCAACGAGUCACCUGGGUCCUGCCUAAGAGAACCAGCUGCAUGGGACCCAGGGUAUCCACUGCUCACGGUCCAGGAAGGAUCCUUGUCGUGCAGAGGUGCUGCCCAGGGCUGCCAGGGCAACGGUGGAGGAAGCCGGGGAGGGGCCAGAACAGGACAGGUCUUCUGCCCCAGGGACUUCUGCUAGUAUCCCCUAGGUCCGUAUGACUCUGGAGACAGACUGUAGAUCUUCCUGGAAGAACACAGUCGGCUGAGAAGUCAUCCGAGCUGAAAUGACCAGUGAGCCAAGAGGGGCCGCAAGAGGUAUGUCUCAAAGAGACCUCGAAGAGGAAGUGGAUGAACUUGUCCAUUUAUAUGGACUCGAAGAUGAUGAUGAAUUAGGGGACGAGUUUGUUAACGAAAACAUGCCCAGGAUAGAGGUUUCGGAAUAUCCUGCUUACAUGGUGGCGGGGAGAGAACCAGCCGUGGAGCAGAGAGACUGGAGACUUAGUGGAGAGGCAGCAGAGGCUGAAGACCUGAGCUUCGGAGGGUGGGGCUCUGAGAGCCAGUGCCAGGAUCUGCGGGAGGCCUACAGGUACACACACGGCCGGGCCAGCGAGGAGUACGAGUGCUAUGUCAUCCCAGAGGAGGAGGACGAGGAGGAAGCUCCUGACGUCUUCUGUGUCACUUGCAAAACUCCAAUAAGAGCGUCGGAGAAGGUUCUGGAUGAGCACAAAGAGCACGAGGUGACCCCCCUCAGUAAAGCCCUGGAAAGCGCCAAGGAUGAAAUUCACAAAAACAUGUACAGGCUGGAAAAGCAGAUUAUUGAGAUGGAAAACUUUGCCAGUCACCUAGAGGAGGUUUUCAUCACGGUGGAGGAGAAUUUUGGAAGACAGGAACAGAACUUUGAGUCCCACUACAAUGACAUCUUGGAAACACUUGCUCAGAAAUACGAAGAGAAAAUACAAGCUCUAGUGGAGAAAAAGAAAGAGAAGCUGGAGGCCUUGUAUGGACAACUGGUCAGCUGUGGAGAAAACCUGGACACCUGUAAGGAGCUCAUGGAAACGGUAGAGGAGAUCUGCCAUGAGGAGAAGGUGGACUUCAUAAAGGAUGCUGUGGCUAUGGCUGACAGACUCAGGAAAUUCCUGGAAACAAAAACCGACGUGGAAAUCUCCGCACAGCCUGCCUUGGAGGACCAGACCUUGGACUUCUCUGACGUGGAGCAGCUGCUGGGCUCCAUCAACACCAUCCCAGCUCCUUCUGCCCCGGUGAUAAACCCGCAGGCCCCCAACUCAGCCACGGGUUCCUCGGUCCGCGUCUGCUGGAGCUUGUACUCUGAUGACACCGUGGAGAGCUACCAGCUGUCCUACCGGCCAGUGCGGGACGGCUCGCCUGGGACGGACCCCGCAGAGUCUACAGUGACCGUCAAGGAGACAUACUGCUCAGUGGCAAACCUUGUGCCAAAUACUCAGUAUGAGUUUCGGGUCACAGCUCAGAACAGGGCUGGUCUCAGCCCCGCCAGCGAGUGUGCAGUGUACAUGACAGCACCUUCUCCCCCCGUUAUAAAGAGCAAAGAGGUGAGGAGCUGUGAGGAGGCUGCGCUGGUUUGCUGGGAGUCUGGGAACCUGAAUCCUGUGGACUCGUACACGGUGGAGCUGAUCCAGGCGGAGACGCCGGGAGCCUCGGGCGUGACUGAGUCUGUUGUGGGCAUCCCCACCUGCGAGUCCCUGGUGCAGCUGCAGCCCCGGCAGAGCUACACGAUCUACGUGCGUGCCCUCAACGUGGGGGGCCCCAGCGCAAGAAGCGAGCCCGCCACAGUGCACACCACAGGUGAGAGAUGCCCGUCCACACCCAGCAUCCUCCGGAAUCCGAGGGGCUCGGGGGUCAACCUUGAGUACCAGCAUCUGCCAGCUGAUUUCUUAACCGCCUUUGCCUCAGUUUUCAUAUCUACAAAUGGAAGCAGCUACUUCCGCCUGAACGAGCAGACCUGCCAUCCCUGGCUGACCAUUUCUGAAGACGGGCUGACAGCUGUCCGGAGCGAGAGGAAGACCCCCACAAGGGCGCCGCCCCCCAGCAGCACCCGCUUUACGAGGUGCGUCGCGGUCAUGGGAAACCUGAUUCCGGUCCGAGGGCGCCACUACUGGGAGGUGGAGGUGGACGAGCGGUCGGACUACACGGUGGGUGUGGCCUUUGAAGACGUCCCCAAGCAGGAAGACCUGGGCGCUAACUGCCUGUCCUGGUGCAUGAGGCACACGUGGGCGUCACCAAGACAUAAGUAUGAAUUUCUGCACAACAAGAUGACUCCAGAUAUAAGAAUCACAGUUUCCCCAAAGAAGAUUGGCAUUCUGUUAGACUAUGAAAACUCAAAAUUAUCAUUUUUCAACGUGGACAUUUCUCAGCAUCUAUACACGUUUAGUUGUCAGCUUCACCAGUUUGUGCAUCCCUGUUUUUCUUUGGAAAAGCCUGGGUGUCUGAAGAUACACAACGGCAUUUCAGUGCCAAAGCACGUCACUUUCUACUAGACCAUGCUGGUGCCCUGCUCUCCGUCUUCUGUACCCACCCUCCCUCAGCCACUCCCGCCUCAGCAGUCAAGCACCAUGCACCCAGCAGCACAACUUGGACUCGUGUUGUUACCCGGCAGCCUGGUUGCUGGCACGCGCUUCCCUGACCUGGGUUUUGUCCUGUGACCUGUGUGAUGCUAUUAGUCAUGACCAGGCCUGGCUGUAAAGUCAGGGCUCAGACUAAAUAAACUCAGCAGUUCUUCAGCUUGUCAA